UAGAUAUUGAUUACGCCCAAAUAGUAACAGCGUAGGUACUUCAGAAUCAUAGUGGUACAGCAGAAGUCGAGAACUGGUUAUCAUCUAAUCACAAGCAUCUUCUUGGAUUGUGCUUUGUUUGGAACACGUGAGGUAGCGCUCAGAAAUAUCAUUAGAACUCUCGUCAGCUCUUGUGUUCCGUCCUCUUUUGGCUACAGAGUUGUUCCUGCUCUUGCGGAUUGCCAGGUGAAGUGCAGUGUUGUGCAAAGAGUAUUGUAUCUCCGGGGAGAAAUAGAGGGUCGAGGAUGCAAGGAGGCAUGGAGAGUCAACAGCAAUUUUGCUUACGGUGGCACAAUUUCCAAAAUACACUUCUGAGCUCCCUGCCAAAACUACUUGAUGGAGGAUAUUUGACGGAUGUCACUCUAAGUGCUGGUGGUAGGCAUAUUCGAGCUCACAGGAUCAUACUCUCAGCAUGCAGCUAUUAUUUCAAGGAAUUAUUUAAGGACUUGAGCUCUCAGCAGCAUCCAGUUAUUGUGCUACCUGGUAUGGAAUAUGCAAACUUAUGUGCGUUAGUGACAUUUAUGUAUAACGGAGAGGUCAAUAUAUAUCAAGAACAACUCCCUGCUCUUCUUGCUAUGGCUGAUACUCUUCAUAUUCGUGGGUUGGCUGACAUUGCUGGGAAGAAUUCACGACACGACAACGGACUCUUUGUGAAUCCACCUGUACUCGCCCAAGAGAAGGACACCUCGGAGAUGGCAGUCAGAAAGGAAUCAAACGACAGUACAGCUCUUGCCGAAUCCCUAGAGUCAGUCUCGACGAUGCACCUAACGGACAACCCUGAGGAGGAGUCUUCAAAUGACCAGGAUGAUACUCCCUACAGCGUAAAGACAAAGCCUUAUUAUUCGAUAAACGAUAAACUAAAUCAGCGUGAGAGGAAGCCAAUCCCAGGAAUAAUACCUUCUAACAAAGCAGUGGACAAGGGUCAGGAUAGUGGAAUGGAUGAAGGUAUCCUGGUAACCGAGGAGAAGAGUCCGGUUUUGGAAAACGUCAAGUUAUUACCAGUAGACAGCGAGAAUGCAAAUUUUGGAUUUUUAGGCGGCACCACAGUCGCCAAUAGGAACGCCACUCAAAGUUCGAACAAGACAAGCGUGACUUGUUUGAUCUGUGGAAAACAACUAAGUAACCAAUAUAAUCUUCGCGUUCACAUGGAGACGCACAGCAACAGCUCGUACAGUUGUACAGCUUGUUCUCACGUAUCGCGUUCACGUGACGCUCUCAGAAAACAUGUUUCUUACAGACACCCGGUAGCUUCUCCCCAAAAACGUCCUCGUUACAGCCUGACAAAACCGUAGAAUGGAUGCUGGCAUGUUUGUAGCCAACCUGACUCACGUAUCCCUUCGUUAGGACGCUUUUCUGUCGGUCGUUCGGUACGUAGAAGUUUAUUAAUCUGCAAAAUCCUCGUCCGACGUGAUAUUGUAGGAAAAGCGAAUAAAAGUCAUAUGCGUCCAUUUGUAUAAAGAGAAAGUAGAAUCGACAAUGAUUCUUAUAUCUCUCCUCUCUUGGAUGCUGACGUAUGCGGAUUGACGGGAGAGCGAGCAUGUUCCUUCAAACCUAUAGUGUUCAAAUUGUUAUUGUUUUCUUGUUAUCGUUAAAUCGUUUUAAUAAAGACAAUCUUAGGGUAGAAGUCUA